AGAAGAGACGUAUGUGACUGAUAUAAAGGCAGAAGAUAUAGAGGAAGAAGAAGAGACGUAUGUGACUGAUAUAAAGGCAGAAGAUAUAGAGGGAGAAGAAGAGACGUGUGUGACUGAUAUCAAGGCAGAAGAUAUAGAGGGAGAAGAAGAGACGUAUGUGACUGAUAUAAAGGCAGAAGAUAUAGAGGGAGAAGAAGAGACGUAUGUGAGGGGAGAUCAGCAGUGUAAGGAGGAGGAGAUCCCUACAGAUAUCAGCACAGCAGAUGGGCACACAAGGUGGAAUGUCUCAGAAGGACAUCUAAUGUUAUCCCCGGAUUGUGACAUAAAAGAUAAUGACAGUAGACAGGAUACUCCAGGAGCUAACCCCAUUACCCCAAUUAUACAUCCAGCUCUAUCAACUGGUCCCUCUGAUCCUGGGAAAUGUUCUCCUGAUCACUCUGAUAUUGGUGCAUCUGUUACAGCUCUGAGAGUAGAUACAGUGUUUCCCUGUCCUAUAAAUGCUAAAUGUUUUACACAGAACACAAAGCGUAUUACCCAUCAGCCAGGUAAGGCAGGUGAGAGGCCUUUUCCAUGUUCUGAGUGUGGGAAAUGUUUUACACAGAAAUCAGAUCUUGUUUCACAUGAGAGAAUACACACAGGUGAGAGGCCAUUUUCAUGUUCUGAGUGCGGGAAAUGUUUUAUACAAAAAUCACAUCUUGUUAGGCAUAAGAAACAUCACACAGGUGAGAAACCAUUUCCAUGUUCUGAGUGUGGGAAAUGUUUUACAGAGAAAUCAAAUCUUGUUAUGCAUGAGAGAAUACAUACAGGUGAGGGGCAUGUUUCAUGCUCUAGGUGUGGGAAGUGUUUUUUAAAGAAAUCAAAUCUUCUUACACAUCAGAGAAGUCACACAGGUGAGAAGCCAUUUUCCUGUUCUGAGUGUGGGAAAUGUUUUUCAAAUAAAUCACAUCUUAAUACACAUCGGAGAACUCACACAGAUGAGAGGCCAUAUCCAUGUUCUGAGUGUGGGAAGUGUUUUCCACGGAAAUCAAAUCUUGUUAGACAUGAGAGAAUACAUACAGGUGAGCAACCAUAUUUCUGUUUUGAGUGUGGGAAACGUUUUACACACAAAUCAACUCUUGAUGCACAUAAGAGAAGUCACACAGGUGCAUCACCAUUUUCCUGUUCUGAGUGUGGCAAAUGUUUUGCACGGAAAUUCCAACUUGUUACACAUCAAAGAAGUCAUACUGGUGAGGCCAUUUUCCUGUUCUGAGUGUAGGAAAUGUUUUACACAGAUAUCAAAUCUGAUUAAUCAACAGAAAACUCACACAGGUGAGAAACCAUAUUCCUGUUCUAAGUGUGGAAAAUGUUUUUUUACGUAAAUUCCAUCUUGUUAUACACCAGAGAAGUCACACAGGUGAGAAGCCAUUUCCAUGUUCUGAGCGUGGGAAAUGUUUUGCAAAUAAAUCAUAUCUUGUUACACUUCAGAGCAGACACAGGUGAGAAGCCAUUUUCAUGUCCUGAGUGUGGGAACUGUUUUUUAAAUAAAUCGAAUCUUGUUACACAUCAGAGAAGUCACACAGGUGAGAAACCAUAUCCAUGUUCUGAGUGUGGGAAAUGUUUUGCACAGAAAUUAGUUCUUGUUACACAUCAGAGAAGUCACACAGGUGAGAAGCCAUUUCCAUGUUCUGAGUGUCAGAAAUAAGUAUGCUCUUGUUGCACACAAUAGACAUUGCCUAAGUAAGGAGCCAUUAAAUCUUCUGCAAUAUGAUCAUCAUCAUUGUCAUGCGUUGUUCCUCAAGGGUCAAUCCUAUCUGCUGUAGUUUUUGCAAUAUCCAUGCUACCAUUUUGUGUAAAUGUCUAAUGCCAGUUUUGUACUAUCUGUAUUGCUGCACGACAAUAUGGCGGCCAUAGGGACCUGUUUUCACUUUAGAUUGCCUAACUCAUGGCAGACACUCAUCUUGAUAGUGAGCAUUGUGGGAUACAAGAUCCUAUCCAUAUAUUCAUUACCAUUUGAGUUCGGCAGUGGUUUGGUGUAUUGUUACAACUAUAUGGUUUGACUG